AUGGAUAAAAUUCUUCAAGGUAUAGCAGCGUCUAAUCAUCCAGACAAUGUGAAGAAAUUUCUCAUUCAAAAAUUUGCUACAUCAGCCAACAAACCUGUGAAUCCGGAAGUAUGUAAGUCCAUACUAACAAUUUCUGCCAACUGGAUCCUCCAAGAUGAAACUGCUGUCCUUCAAGAGAUGGGACGUGUGGUCUUUCAGGCGUGGGCCAAACAAAACUUGAAGAUCUUUGAAGAGUUUUUUCAUUACAGCUACUUAGUUAAUGUUAUGUCCUGUGCAGUUCUUAAUCCAAAGCCAACUAUUGAGUUUAUCCAUGAUUCUAUUAGACUCCUCCGUGACAAGACACCAGUUUGUAAAGUGAUCCAAACCAGGGCUAUCAGCCUGGCUAGGGACUGUGCACAACUUGAUGUCUGUGCUGCACUCUGUAAAUUAAUGAUUGAGUUUCCCGAAUGCAUUCCUCUGGGCGACUUUGGUGCUGCGUACUGUGUCACCUUGAUUCAAGCUGUCAGCCGUGUUGAAUUUCCAAACAGUGAACUCGCUUUAAAGACUAGAUUUAAAGAUGUUAAUGCGAUUGGUACGCUUCUUUUUAAAAUCUGGCACUCAGAUUUCAGUAACAUCAUGCCGUCAUUGCGUGAAAUCUUCACUAUUCUUACUAGAAUUAAAAGAGACGGUGAUGAUCUGCCGAGGGAGCCAUCUGUAGCCCUAGGAUGUCUAGCUCAGUAUGUACCCGUAGAGAUGAUUUCGCUUGUGACGAAGAACGCCGCUUCUGAUCCUUCUGUGUUGGAUGCAAAUAUGACUGUUGCCUUAUCUAGAAUGAUUGAUUGGCUGUCCUGGCCUGCCGUGAAAAUUAUCGAUAAAUGGAUUGUUGCGUUUCUGAGGAGUCUUGCGUCAGUACAGAAAUUCACAAUAUUGAUCAAUGUCACAGUAGCCACUGUUGAAAAGGUUUUUUCACGGUUAUAUUAUCCAAUUGUAAGAAGCAGUGCUCUUGCAGUACUUACACAUAUGUUACUUAGUUUUCAACACUCACCAGAAGCCUUCCAUAAGGUGGUUGGACACCUGUCUGAUCUUGUUGGUUUUCUCAAGAAAGAAGACAGUACAUCAAGUCGAGAUUGUCUUAGUAGAUUAUCUGAAUUGUUCCACUGUAUGAUCUAUCAGCAUGCUGGAUAUCCUGACUUAUAUGAACCAGUAUUAGAGGCAUUUAAAGACUACCCCAAGCCUGAUAAUGAAGUAAUUAAACGCAAGCUGAAAUCAAAUGCAUGGACAUCUCAGGGACGAAUGAUAUUCAGUGAUUAUUCUAAGUUUGGUCCCAAGUCUGAGACUGGAAAGACUGGGCUAGUAAACUUAGGAAACACCUGUUAUAUGAAUAGUGUAAUUCAGGCACUGUAUAUGGGAGAUGGAUUCAGAAGAGAGGUUCUGAGCUACUCUCCUCUAGUACAGCAGCGUGUCAUGCCAAAUAUACAGAAUGUGUUUGCUUUUCUUUCCAACACUCAGAGGUCUGCGUACUCACCGUCAGACUUUUUGAAAGUCUCCCGACCACCGUGGUUUGAAAUGGGUGCCCAACAAGACUGCUCCGAAUUCCUCAAAUACCUACUUGACAGACUUGAUGAAGAAGACAAGGAAAACCGGAAAUAUGAAAUGAGUUUGAGACGAGCCAAAGAAAAAAUACAGAGAGUGAAGCAAACUCAGAAUGUGGCUGGUAAUUCGGAGGAGGGCGGUGAUGACCAGGUGGUUCCUAGUUACACUGCUCAGGAAAACAGUGAAGUUAACGUGUGUGUAGAGCCGAGUACAUCAAUGAGUGUUGAUGGUGGGGAUAUGGCUACACAAGGAGAUGUGUCUGUGAUGAUGGACACUGUGAGACCCAGCGAGGCGGAGGUUCCUAGUACUAAGGAUACUAAGAUUAGCAGUGCUUCUGCACACUGUCAAAGAGGGAUUCUUCCAAAAAGCCAACAUGAUUGUACCAGUGAGGAAGCCUCCCAAGACACUUCAUCCAGUAUUGUUGAGAAAUAUUUUGGUGGAAAGUCGGCUACCAUUACAAGGUGUUUGACCUGUAAUCAUGUAUCAACAAGAGAGGAGUCAUUCAUAGAUCUACCCCUGGCAUUUCCUGAGAAAUCAAAGCCGAAUGCUGGUAGUAACCAUGACAACAGCUGUAUGAAGGGAGGACAGGGUGAGAUUGAGAAAAAGGAUGGUGAUGAAAACAAUUGUACAUUUACAGAGAAGAAAGAUGUUGAAGAUAAGAAGGACGAUGUUAGUGAUUCUCAACGCAACACAGUGGCAUUGGAAGACCUUAUUGGUCACUUCCUUGCGCCAGAGUUACUUGAAGGAGAGAACCAGUAUUUCUGUGAGAAAUGUAAAAGUUUACAAGAUGCUGAAAGAUUUCUUGAAAUCCGUUCAAUUCCACGUUUUCUUAUCCUAACCCUGUUGAGGUUUUCCUACGAUGUCAAACUCCAUACUCGGUCUAAACUACUUACUGAUGUUAAAUACCCCAAAAUUCUUGACUUGCCGAUGAGAGGUAUGCACCGGAAAAAAGACAGUAUGUUAGACAAACUGACAAUGCAUGAAAGCAAUACUGAUUCAGAAUCACCAUCAUUGAAAAGACGUUGUCCGUCAUGUGAAAGUGGCGAUGACUUACUUGUAAAUGACAAGUCUGAGCUCAGAAACUAUGCUUUAUCUUCAGUCAUUGUACAUUCUGGUGUGUCAUCAGAAAGUGGGCAUUAUUACUGCUACGCAAGACAUACAACGCCUCCACCGUCACCAUCAGCAACACAGACCAAAGAUACUGAAUCAAAAGCAGAUGACAUGGAUGAUUUACCAGAUCACUGGUAUCUUUUUAAUGACAGUAGGGUUUCCUACUCGACAUAUAACUCUUUUAGUAAUGUGACAAAACACUUCUCAAAGGACACUGCCUAUGUCAUCUUUUACAAAAAAAUUCCUACGAGUGACGAGAAGUCACAGGCUGUAUUGAAUGAUCCUCCAUUGUCAAGGCAGCUAAUGGACACUGUUGCCAAGGACAACCAGUUGUAUUUACAGGAGCAAGAAUUGGAAGCUCGGACUUUACAUUUACAAACUUCGAGGGUUGCUGCUGGUGCUAGUUACCGACAACGAAGGUUUGACGGGGAUGACGACGACCAUGGUCCACCCGGUAGCUGUGGUGGAUCUGGCACAGGAGGAUUCAAUGUGCCUUCAAAUAGAUUUAUUUUCUGA